CCGUGCGAUGCUCAUCGUCUCGAAGAACAUCCAUUCGCGUCGUUGUUUCGAGAAUUAUCGCACUCGAAUUUGUGGUCUACACUAAUGGUCCGAGCGUUGGUCCGCUGCGUGCCCGACGUCCAGAAAAAACAAGCUUCAAGGCAAUGCGAUGAAGGUUCAGCACAUGGGAACUUAAAGGUGACAUAUUCCUGACGGAGGAUCGCUGAUAUGAAAUAAGUUUGACCAAAGGCUCCGAAGCGCGUCAAGAGCGAGAUGAAGAUUUCAAGGACAGUACAGUAUUAGAUUGCUAGUGCUUCUUGAUCUUGGGAGCCAGGUCAUGAUUCUGUGGCCUAAUGACUUCGCCUGUUGGAGCUCGAGGAGCCCAGAGAGAGAUUAUUCAUGUGUUUGUUAUGCGCUAACAUGUCCUGCGGGCUUUCCUGUCCUGUACUUCGGUACAUUCACAAGUUGUUACAUUCUUGGCAAAGUUCACAUUUGCCCACUUUUGGAACACAACUGUUUCUUGUUAGCAUGCCAUGUUCGGGUUCCAAUCACGAACUUCGAGUCAGUUGAAGAAAAUCUAUAAUAUACGCGCAAAAAUGAAUGUCAACUUGCAUCAGUCCCAUUUCAACUGUUCCAAAUUGACCCCAGUCGAACAUCGCUCGAGGGCAUGGCGUAUGCUCGUGGAGAAAACUGCAGCACCGCGCGCAAUCCGAGUGGACACAGAGAACCCGACCUCGCGAAGGACUGCGUACGUGGGGAGAGACCAACAUCCGUCGUCGAUUUCG